AAAAGUCUAGUGCCAGUCACCAUCUUUCCAUCAUUCAUUGCUCUGAGUUGCAAGAAAUCGGAAGUGUUCUGCCGUUCCGAAGAAAGGAGUUUCAUUCUGUGCUAGAGCUCAGGGACGCAAAAAUGAAUAGCCGGUUGCUGAUAGGUUUGUGUGCCAUGAUGGCAGUGGCACUUGCCGGCGAAGCCGACGUUCUGGAAUUAACUGAUAGUGAUUUCUCGACGCGUGUUGCUGAAACGGAAACUACGCUGGUCAUGUUUUACGCUCCAUGGUGUGGACACUGCAAAAAAUUGAAACCCGAGUACGCAAAAGCCGCCGAGCUGCUACGUGGCGAUGAUCCGCCGAUUGCCCUGGCCAAGGUCGACUGUACCGAGGGUGGCAAGGACACUUGUAACAAGUUCAGCGUCAGUGGCUACCCCACGCUGAAGGUGUUCAAGAACGGCGAAGUGUCGCAGGAGUAUAACGGUCCUCGAGAGGCGAAUGGCAUCGCUAAGUACAUGAAAUCGAUCGUCGGUCCAGCAUCGAAGGAUCUGCUGACGCUGGAUGCAUUCGAGGCAUUCCUGAAGGUUCAGGAAACUUCCGUCGUCGGUUUCUUCGAGAAGGAGUCGGAUCUGAAGGGAGUGUUCCUGAAGUACGCCGACAGUCAACGCGAACGCCUUCGUUUCGGUCACAGCAGUGCCGCACCAGUGCUGGAGAAGCAAGGUGAAACCGAUGCGGUGUACCUAUUCCGGGCCCGCCAGCUGGCGAACAAAUUCGAGCCGGAAUUUGUUAAGUUCGAGGGAACCACCAAGCAGGAGCUGGCUGACUUUGUAAAGGCAAACUUCCACGGAUUGGCUGGAGUGCGUUCGCGCGACACCACUAGCGACUUCAAGAAUCCUCUCGUGGUUGUAUACUACGCCGUGGAUUACGUGAAGAACCCGAAGGGCACAAACUACUGGCGCAACCGGGUAUUGAAGGUGGCCAAGGAAUUUGUGGGACGCGUCAAUUUUGCCGUAAGUGCCAAGGACGAUUUCCAACACGAGCUGAAUGAGUACGGAUACGACUACACCGGUGACAAGCCCUUGGUUCUGGCCCGCGACGCCAAGAACCAGAAGUUUAUCAUGAAGGAUGAAUUUUCCGUCGAGAACCUGCAGGCAUUCGCGACCGAGCUGGAGGAAGGAUCUCUGGAGCCGUACGUCAAGUCGGAGCCGGUGCCGGAGAGCAACGACGGUCCGGUAAAGGUGGCCGUGGCGAAGAACUUUGAAGACGUUGUCACGAACAACGGCGUAGAUACGCUGGUCGAAUUCUAUGCUCCGUGGUGCGGACACUGUAAGAAGCUUACCCCGACGCUGGAAGAGCUUGGCACUAAGCUGAAGGAUGAGGCCGUUUCGAUUGUCAAGAUGGACGCUACGGCAAACGAUGUACCUCCACAAUUCGAGGUGCGUGGCUUCCCGACCCUGUACUGGCUGGCGAAGGAUGCCAAGAGCACCCCCGAACGCUACGAGGGUGGUCGCGAAGUGGACGACUUCGUUAAGUACAUCGCCAAGCAUGCGUCGAGCGAGCUGAAGGGCUUCGAUCGAUCGGGCAAUGCUAAGAAGACCGAACUGUAAUCUCUUCCUUCUUUGACUAGCUUCGUUCACGAUCAACUUUAACCAUCAGUUGCUUAAGGUAUUCCACACAUUUUCCAUUCCUUUUCCUUGAAGCAUUGAAAUGUUAUGGUUCGCACCGUGACUUACUUCGUGGCUGCAAUUUUCAUUCAGAUCUGUCCAACAAAAUAUUCAUAUUUUCGGAUGUUUUAUAAAAAAUCAAGCAGAAAGUGAUUUCAUCCGUCCGAGAAGUUUGUUCACGCGAGACAAGAACCAGCAAAGCCUUCUCAUUCAAAUACUUGCACCAUCGAAUACUAAAGCUAAGGAUAUGUAAGAACGCAGUACUACGAACCGAACAAACGAUAAUGAAUGCUUGUAUGCGAAUGCAGGAAGGCCGGCUGCAUCAUUCAUCGAGCAGCAGAAUCUAAUGUGGUUUAAUACAUUUUCGUAUAUUGCUACCGUGUGGCAAAUUUCCUGCUUCGCGUGACACAAGCUUUUCGGAAACGAGCGAUAGUUUCUGUGAGACGCUUUAAGACUAGAACAAAAAGGAAUACCUAAUCGAUAGUUUUUUUGUCGACGUUAUUUUUUGUAAUUCCAUUCUAUUU